GAACAAAGGAAGCUUUAGCUUUACAUUUCCACGAGACUUACGCUAGAAAAAUGGAGAACAAGAAUACUACCACCCUUACUGAACAGAAACUGGAAGAAUCUAAAUGCAAUGAGGAUUCACUUCUCCCCAUCGCUGAGAAGGGACUUUUCUUCCAUGAUUCCUUCUUCGAGGAUAUUCGGAAGCACUUUGAGACAGCCAUCGACCAAAUCCUGGAUACGUGGGGAGUGAGCAAAUCCGUGAGUGAUCUCAUGAGUAGCUACAGACGUGUAAGAGAGCGCAAUUUGCAGCAAGAAAACCAAGUCAUGGCCUUCAGCGAAGACGACCAGAAUCACAAGGUUGUGCUGGAUGUUCAUGACUUCAAGAGUGGAGACGUUAAGGUUAGAGUGGAAGACAAUCAGGUGAUGGUGGAAGGUCGAAUAGAAAAGGAAGAGGACGACUUCAAGUCCAUGAAAAGCUUCUAUCGACGUUUCAACUUCCCAGGCAAAGUGAACAUGGAGGCCUUGACUUCUGCAAUGUCUUCCGAUGGCGUCUUGACUAUCACGGCUCCGAAGAUUCCACAGGCAGCAUAGAAAAAUAUUUAAUGAGCUAAAAUGAUGAUAUAAGUUAAAAUAUAAUGUAUGUCUAACUAUAUAUUAAUGAUUUGCAGACUAUAGAAAUUAAGUUCAUUUAUUUAUGUAUUAUUUUUAAUAAAUCGUAUUUGUUUA